GAAGGACAGAGGGCGUGGGAGUAUGUCACUGAGAGAAAGCAUGCUGUAGCAGGGAGAGCCUAACAACAAGCGGCAGAGUGGUUUGGAUAAGCAAUGAGAUCAUCUUGCUAGGGAGCGUUCGGCCGAAUGAAUAUUGAUUUGGCGAAGGAACACAGACACAACAAGGACUGAGCGGGCUGCCUUUGUUGUGCUACUAACUACAGCUGCUGUGGCCUGACGUUCCGAAGCUUUUGGUGCCAUUGACGGAUCGCCAGGCGGUUCCCUGCAGCAUCUCCUCUUACUUCUCUGACCCAGGCUGAGGCUAUGGCCAAAUGCGCUGUGUUUGCGACUGCUGCUCUCUCUGUUCUGCUUCUUAUUGUAAGCAUCGUGCUGCUACUGACCCACACCUUCAUGGAUAUAGUAGAGGGACACGUCAAGCAGGCAAUCGUUCUAAAAAAUGAAUCAGAAGUUUUUGAGGACUGGGUUAAUCCUCCACCACCUGUUUACAUGCAGUUCUACUUCUUCAAUGUUAACAACCCACUGGAAAUACUGAAUGGAGAAAAGCCAUUUGUUACUGAAAUUGGGCCGUAUACUUACAGGGAAUAUCGACAAAAAGAAAACAUUACAUUUUCUGUCAAUGAGACUGAAGUAUCUGCUGUCACUCCUAAAACAUAUGUAUUUGAACCAGAAAUGUCUGUUGGAGACCCCAAAGUAGACUUAAUAAGAACAGUAAAUAUUCCUCUUGUGACAGUAAUGGAAAUGACCAAAGACUCAAGAAUUCUCAGACCACUGAUUAUAGCAAUCUUAAAAACAUCCAAAGAAGGAAUGUUUGUCACUCGUACUGUUGAUGAGUUAUUGUGGGGCUAUAAAGACCCAGUCUUGUCGUUUCUUCAUACGUUUAAUCACAGCGUCAGUGACACAUUUGGACUGUUUUAUAAGAUGAACACAACAGAUGAUGGGGAAUAUGUGUUUCUCAGUGGAAACAAUGAUUACCUGAAGUUUACUCAAAUUGCUGAGUGGAAGGGCCAAAAAGCUCUUGACUGGUGGAGUACAAACACAAGUAAUAUGAUAAAUGGGACAGAUGGCACAUCCUUCCAUCCACUUCUAAACAAGGACGAUAAGCUUUACAUGUUUUCCUCAGACCUUUGUAGAUCCAUCUAUGCUGUUUAUGAAAGCAGUAAGAACAUCAAGGACAUAUCGGUCUUUCGCUUUUCUCCACCAGCAAGCGUUUUUGCCAAUGUGUCAGUCAACCCUCAGAAUGAAGGCUUUUGUGUUCCAGCAGGAAAUUGCCUCCCAUCUGGCCUACUAAACGUCAGCAACUGCAAGCAGGGUGCUCCUAUAAUACUGUCAUCUCCUCAUUUCUACCAAGCUGAUGAAAAUGUUAUUAACAGUAUAAGAGGUAUUAAGCCAAUCAAGGAACAUCAUAUGACCUUUCUGGACUUAAGCCCACUCACUGGGACCAUAAUUCAUGCUGCUAAACGAAUGCAAGUGAAUGUUUAUGUCCGAAAGAUUGAUGUCUAUUCUAUUAUUACCCAAGACAUACAGACCUUGUUCUUUCCUGUAAUGCACCUCAAUGAGAGUGUUUUAAUUGAUGAUAAAUCUGCUGGGAGACUCAGAUCGAUUCUUUUGCAAGGAAGAGUGGUAGCCAACAUCCCAUUUAUUAUAAUGGGGCUGGGAAUUAUUUUGGCCUUUAUAUUUACAGGACUAACUUGUCUACAAAAAAGGAGCAGUGAAGAGGGCACAGAAGAGGAAAGGGGUUCUCUAAUAAGAACAUCCUAACGCAACGCUACACCUACCACAAAGUGAACUAUGCAAACUGCUCCGAACCGUCCCAUGUGCAAAAUGCUUUUGUUUUAUAAAUGCACUGAUGAUACAAGACUAUGGAUGUGGUGAUCCUUCGGGACAGCAAGACACUAACCAAGAUUUUUUUUUUAACCAUUUUUACAGCAUAUUGAUUAAAAAAAUGUUUGUCCCUGUGCUGGAACAUUCUACAUCUGACAUGAAAAUAAUAACUAACGUACUAUUGAAAAGAGAAAUACUUCAUUCAAUUAGUGUGCGAAACAGUCAAAGAUAAAUUAAUAUCCUGAUUACUUACAGGAUCUCACAUUAUAUAAAAUGCACAGUACUGUAUUGCUUUGUCUGCUUAACUGUCAUUUGUUAGCACUAAAUGGGUAUUGAAAUAGGUUUUUAACUAAUUAUGACCUGGUGACAGAGGAAGUGGUUCUUCAGAAAUAAAACCUACUGAAUAACUGUUCUUAUCUUUAUCUGUCAGCCAACCUUGUUGUAAUGUUAUUUUCUGUGGUACCACAUAUUUUAUCUUCUGUGUCUGAAAAACAUUUCAAAAUAUUUUCCAAUAUCGCUUUACAACCAAGCCUAUUUUUAUUAUCCCUUCUUUAUAUAGCUCCAACAUUUUCUGAAGCAGAGAUUAUACAUCAUUCACAGUGGCUUCUAGUAGUCUCUCUACCACACAUACUAUGGUUAAUUCUAAAAGCUGUUAACGUAACAAUUAGAAAGUUUCUAGGGGUGCACAGGUACUGAGUGAUUAUAUCCGUUAAUACCACUAUUCUAGAACUAAAGAUGCCAUGUGAUCUUGAAAACUUUGCCUGUAUUUACAUAAGCUCCUUUUUUAUGAACCAGUGCUAUUUAAUUAGAGAAAACAUUGAAUAUCCUGUUUUAGCGCACUUUGUUUUAAACACUUGAGAUAGAGGCAGUGUCUUAAUCUAAGGCACAGUCAAAAACUAUUUUUAGUGACUGACAUAAUUCAAGCAAAUGUUUUUAAGGUUUUUAAUAGUAAUUAAAUAGUUGCCAGUUAAAUACUGGUAACACAGGUAGGACUGUACACAUCACAAAUGAGAAAUUGCCAUUAACUUUGGAAUGAUUCUAUGCAUAAUAUUUUACAGGUGCUGUAAAGUGCCAAUUAUAAGAUACAGAAAAUAGUUUGCUGUGUCUUGGAGUGAAAUACUACAUUUACUCAAUUUAAAAUGAAUGUAGCUUGUGGAUAACAAUACACAUAUUGCUUCUGCAAAUAGCCCAAAUACAGUAAAUACCAUUUCACCAACAUUGGAUUGGACUGAGACCCCAUGUAUGACCUCAAGCACUGUCAAUCGCAGAAUUAAAAGUAAUAAACUAAAAUUCCCAUAUAAAUGAUGGCACAUAGUAAUACUUGUUGAAUGAGGGCUGUUUUGUUUUUUUUGUUUUUAUAUGUGGGCUCAUUUAUGAAUGCAGUCGCAAUUGCAGUUAUGCAAAAAUGGAUGCAAUCAUGCUCAUGAAUGGCAUUUGUUAUAGAUAAUUGUGUCCAAAAAUGCUUCUUGCACUUCCCUUUACUUGCUCUCAGCACCAGUGCAUCUGUCCUGCCUUGUCUUCUUCAUUACAUGCAAGUGCACCUGUUGAUGUAGGGGAAGCCCAGUGCUACCCCACUUUCAAGCAAUAGGUAGUUUUUGGGUUCCCACAGACUACCUCAAUAUUUGCAGCACAUUUGCACCCAGUGAAUCAUGUAAACAUCAUAAUUCAGAGGGAAAGUAAUCACCUCCUUGUAGGUGUUUAUUUUGAUGCAUUGACCAGAAUUGUAGCAGAUAUAAUUUGACACUUACCCACAGUGACACUGGAAUAGUAGGGGAAUCUGAUGAAUUGUGGGUAAACUACUGGCAAAUUGCAUCCAAAAUUGCACUUUGUACACUGCACUUGCCUUCAUAAACAAGCCCUAUGUUUUGCUUACAUGUCUGAAGAUGAUGAUAAUGAAAAAUAGCUGUAAAAGGGAUUAACUCUGUGUAGCUUUCUGUCCUUGAGAGUCCAAAUAAUUACUCUCAGUGCCUCAAUGUGUUAUGGUUUGUUUAUUGCAUUAACCAAGAAAAGGAGAAAUGUUAUUUUAGAGAAAAUGUAAUAAUGAGAUGCAUAUUAAUAAACCAAAUAUUUCACAUUA